AUGCUCUUUGGGGCUUCAUUUCAUGCUGUAAAGUGCCUGUCACUUGGCACUUUGUUGCUCGCAGUUCCGGCCUUUGUCCAUGGCCACGAUGUAGAUUCGUUUGACUUCACCGUAGCUGUCAAACGCCAAAAUCGCCACUAUGAUGUGGUUGCCUUGGAAGUUCCGAUCGUUUAUAAUGUAUACGGGGAUCAUGACCCGAAUGGUUUAAUGUUCGCUCUCAAAGAAAACGAGGACGCUCUUGAACGCUACGCUCAUUCGUUCGUUUCGCCGGAUCCGUUGAUUCCCUCAGCAAAAGCACCGCGGGUCGAACUCAAUCCCCUCGUCCGCCCACUUGUGCUCCGCUGCAACUUGCAUGAUACCGUCACCAUCGUGCUGGAGAACAAAAUCAGGAAGCAUCCUGUAGGGAUGCAUGUGGCAUUAGAUGGACAUGAUGUUAAAUCUGAUGGAUCUGCGGUCGGCCGCAAUCCACCGUCUUUGGCUCCUCCUGGCGGUAAAUAUACUUACCACUGGAAAUGCAGUCACCAAGGGGUAUUCCACAUCGGCGAUGCCGGAAAUCUCGGAGGCACGGAGAAUGACACCAAUUUGCAUGGACUGUUUGGCGCUCUCAUCGUGGAGCCUUACGGUUCCAGGUGGACAGAUCCGCAUACUGGGGAACCCAUUCGUGAUGGGUUAACUGCCGAUAUCCAUCCCCCUAAACCCCCUGGAUUCGAGAACUUCAAGGCAAACUUCUUUGACGAAGAACCGGAACUUCACCACCCCACCGCUUCGUUUCGGGAGCAUGUGACAAUCUUUCACGAUGAGCCUGAGAUUCGAUUUGGUCGUACCCUGACGGAAAGCCCAUGCGGUCCCAACAAAUUUGUAACGAACCACGCCCAAAUUAAUGCCAAAGAGGAAGACGCCGUGCAUGCAAUCAACUAUCGUUCCGAACCACUUCGUAAUCGUCAAAGCGAUGUCUUCGAUCGCAUUAAAGCUGGAACUCUGGAAGUACCCGUGUACGGCGAAGAACAGCAUCAUUCUUCGUGGAUGCAUGGUGAUCCUGGCCUUGUUUUCUUCAACUAUGCUGGCGAUCCUGUAAAGUUCCGCGUUGUCCAUGGUGGUGUUAGAGAGACGCAUGUUUUUCACUGGCAUGUCCAUCAAUGGUAUGCCGUCGAUGGCAAAGUGGACAGUCCGAUCAUUGAUUCCUUCUCAUUGUCCCCGCAAUGGGCAACGACCUUUACGGCCUUAUAUGGUGCAGGAUCCCGCCUGAAAAGUAUCGGCGAUGCGAUCUUCCAUUGCCACUUGUAUCCGCACUUUACUCUUGGAAUGUGGGGCAUUUUCCGUACCUUUGAUACUCUACAAGACGGCAGUUUGACCUAUCCCAACGGAAAGCAAAUUCUGCCUCUGCGGGUUCUACCGGACCGUCAAGCCCCGCCAAACCCCACACUUGACCGCCCCGGAUUUCCCAAUUUCAUUGCUGGUAAAAUUCACCAGAAGUCGCCGCGAGUCCCUUGGCCUACGGAAAUGUGGGGUCCCAUACCGGAAGGAUCCGACUUCCGACCUGCGACCGAGAAGGAAGUUAACGCCAUGAACAGAGAUCCGCAACCUGGAAGCACCUUCACUCUCAUUCCGACACCUAGACAGAAUUUUGUGGACAGGGGCAUCCCUGUACGGGAAGUGGCCCGCAACAUAUCUGCUCUGAACCGAAAUAUUCUGUUCAAUAGAUUUGGCUGGCAUGACCCCUCAGGUCAUCUCUAUCAGCUGGAAGAAGAAGAAUUCGGCGAUCGCAACACCCCGACACCCUACGAUCCCUUCAUCAUGCGAUCGAACAAGGGUGACGUCUUGAGAAAUACUUUGAAAAACAAAUUCGAUACUUUUAUUCCCGGGAAUGCCUUUGAUCCGCCCUUUCCCGACUGCCCGGCGCAUCCGACCGAAGGCGAAGUCGGCAUCCAUGUACACCUGGUCAAAUUCGAUGUCCUGGUUUCUGAUGGCGCUUCCGUUGGAUGGAACUAUCUGAGCGGUCCUCGCUUUGGAAAAUUCCUUAUCCAUAGGUGGUGGGCUGAUGAAGAGUUUGGUCAUGUAUUUUUUCACGAUCAUCUCUUUGCUAAUUUUCGGCAAAAGAAGGGGUUGUAUGCACUGAACUUGGUUCAGCCUUUUGCCACCUGGUUUGCCAACGACAAUCUCAACCGACCUAUUGUUACUGGCGUCCAAGCAGCCAUCAAAACAAGAGAAGGCGAUUGGUACCGCGAAGUUGUCCAAUUCGUCGCAGACUUCCAUCCAGCCUUCAACAGACACGGACUGCCGCUGAACCCACCUAACUUCCCAGGCUCGGACCAAGAUCAGGGUAUCAUGCUCGUUAACUACAAGAGCGAACCACUCCGAGAAAGAAUCAAGGAGUUCCGUAGGAAGAAUAACGGACGAGAUCCUGACCCGAGCAUUUUGUUUUCAUCUGAUCCCUUUGGUGAUCCCUCCACGACGGUUUACCAAUCGUAUCCGAACGAUACUAUAAGGUUGCGUAUCGGCCAGGGAUCGCAUGAGGAGUCGCAUAGCUUCAAUGCUUACGGUUUACGCUGGCACGAUCUCUUCACCGACCCUAAUAGCCGACUUGUUCAGCAACAGAUUCUCGGAAUUUCAAAAGCUUUCACAAAGAUCGUUGAACCUGUAUAUUCUCCAGGAGAUCAUAUGCUCUAUUGGCGUGCAAUUGACGAUACCUGGCUCGGAUGCUGGUCACUUCUGAGAGUGCACGACAAGGAAGUACCAAACCUCCCUACCUUACCUUCGAAUCCGAGACCCUUCGCGAAGCAACUGCCCAGCCAACAGAAACCGGACCCUAAAAAGCAUAGGGAAUAUCGUGUAGUGGCCGAAAGCCGGCGCAUUGAUUAUACGGAAGGCUUUCUGGGGCAAAAUCGAAUUGAUCCCUUUGGAUUGAUUUAUCGACUGGAGGCAUAUAAGGAACCUGGGACCACAAAAUGGAUCGAGGUGAAAACGGACAAGGAUAAGAAUCCGGAGCCUUUGGUUAUUCGGGCGAUCGAAGGGGAAUGGAUUACGGUUUGGUUGACGAACAAUAUUAACCCUGAUCUAAAAGCUGAGCCCAACCGACCGGAAGUUCCCGUUGAUUUGAGGAGUUAUCGCGAAGUAUCCCCGCGGGUUUCUAUUCACGCCGACAUAGUCCUCUUCGAUACCAGAGUGAAUGACGGGACGAACGUGGGCAAAAACGGGGAUCAAACCGUUGCAAAUGGUGAGACGCGCGCUUUUACAUGGUUUGCUGACCAGUUCUACGGCAGCCCCAUUCUAUUGCAAGAUCAAGCAGACUUCCGUAACCAUCGGCAUCACGGUCUCAUCGGCGCGCUGCUGGUGGAGAAGGAAGGCUGGAUUCCCAGCACUUGGUAUGGAGCGGAGGCGACACUGACGAGGACAUUUGACGCUCCACAAUUCCACGAUCAAGAUCUUAGGUUCCAAGCUACCGGCGGAGCAAUGGGAUUCCAUCCGUCUUUGGAAGAUGAUGAGAUAUUUGAGAUGGAUGAGCAUGUUGUUAUGCUUCAAGACGUACAAUUGCCGAUAUUUUAGGUCUACGACUGUUCCAUGACGGUGACCCCGAAAAACCGGUCGCCGACUUUGACCCAACACCCCCACGACUGAACGAGGUGGACGUGAUGAACGACACCGCCAACGGAAGACUAGACGCGUCUCAAUAUCCCAAAGAUCACCUCCACAAUGUCAUCAACACCUUCCCGCUGAGCACUAAUCCUUGGCUCGAGGAAUGGUGCGACAUCCGUAACAACAACGGCUUCAAGGAUGGUAAAUGGCCAUCGGAGGCCGGGGAAAUAGACAAAGACAUUGACCAAAUUUGCCAUCUUGUCCGGUCACCCUUGAGCGGUAGUCCCAAUGGAAUCGAUCCCGAAGAUCAGGGCCAGAAAGGACUCAAUUACAGGUCGGCUCCUACGUUUGAUCCAGUGUGGCUUACACCUGACAAUCCGCCCACUCCCAUUUUCCAUGCAACUCGGGGAAGACUUCAAUUGUUCCAUAUGGUCGCUUCGAAUGAUAAACCCAGAGCAAUUUCGUUGCAUGUACAUGGACAUGUGUUUUCUGAACUGGAAAAUGCCGGUGCGGUUGCGACCGGUGUCGACAAUGCCAUCAACCCUGGUAGGACCGAGACUUUUCUUUUCCGGGCAGAGGAGGUCGGAGAUUGGGCUGUGAGGGCGGGUAAUUUAAGGUAAGCUCGUCAACAAUGCUCAUUUACAUGCUGAUGAUUUCCUGGGUUUCUUAUUUGCACUCUAUUGCAAUCUCAGGUCCCACGUCGUGGAAGGCAUG